AUGUCGAACGACCCGUCUGUACGGAGGCUCCUGCCUCAGAACUCGCAUCUCGGCCAGUUCUCUUAUGCACCGCCGGCUUACCAACAGCCCCGCGAAACCCAAAAGAAUUAUGUAUUCGUGGACGAGCACAACCGGCAUAAGCGACUGAAAGUCAUGAGAGCUUGCGAAGGAUGCAGAAGGAGAAAGAUCAAGUGCGACGCAGCGACAACAAAUACAUGGCCAUGCUCGGCGUGCAUUCGCCUGAAGCUUCAUUGCGUGCGCCCCAAUGGCCAGUACGAUGGUUCUGUAGAUUCUCAGCCUUACGAAACACCGCGAGCCGAUUACGACACCGGUCCAAUGCCGGAUGACUUCAGACAGAUGUCGUCGCAUCCUCAGCCCAUGAUGGGCGGACAGCCGAAAGCCGCCAUGUAUGGAGCUCAAGGACCAUAUACGGAUGGUCAUCAUGUGUAUCAGACCGUGCCUUAUGCGGCUCCACAACCGGCACCGCAUAGUAUGCAUUAUACGACAAUGCCUCCUGUCGGUGUUAUGGAUCACUCGUAUGCACCAGCCAGCGUGUUUCCAACCCCGCCGAUGCAACAUCACCAAGCGCCGCAUUCCGAAUCGUCGCCUGAAUCGUACUCUACGGAUCAAUACGGCCAAGGUAACGACCUGGCUGAUCUACUUGGGUCUCUCAAGAUGGACGAGAGGGGAACCGCUCCCUAUCUUGACAAGAUGUUGGCAUUCAGAAACGUGGAAGAUGAGCCGGUCACUGAAGAUGCUGACGAAGUGUCGUUACCUGCGCCAACAGUUCCAGGAUCAAAGAUUCGUAUUCCGCCAGAAUUGAUGCCAGACGAGGAAACAAUACUCCACUACUUCGACCUAUAUUUCGCGAAUGUGCAUCCCUAUGUUCCAGUCUUGAACAAGGCCCAGUUCUAUCAUCAGUGGCACACGAACCGCGAGUCCAUUUCACCGCUCAUCCUGGAAGCCAUAUUCGCUGUUGCUGGACGUCUUGCUGACGAGCCAGCUCUGGGUCAGCAAUGGAUAGCUUUGGCUUCAAAGCACGCCGACGCAUUCAUGGAUGUGCCGAGGCUGAGCACUUUACAGGCCUUGCUCAUCAUCUUGAAAGCACGCGAGGCAUCCCCAAAGAAAGGUUAUUACUACAGAUCUUGGAUGUCUAUCGUGAACUGCAUCGCCAUGGCUAAAGACCUUGGCCUUGAUGAACACUUUGAAGACCACAAAGCCGGCAGGUCGUGCGGUUGCAGCGCUGCCGAGUGUCUGACCAAAACCCGUAUCUGGCAGACUAUUUUCAUCUGCGAGCUGAUGAUUGGCAGCCCCCAAGGUCGUCAUGAUCUCUCAGUUGAUCUCGAGUCUCUGGACUUCAGUGUUCCGAGGCCUAUUCCUGGUGGUGACGACGCCGAAUACCAUGUCACGCGCAACUUCACCUACUUGGCCCGAACAGUUCGCAGUGUCAGACGAAUGAAUAACGUCUACGCAAGAAUCAAGAGGAGAAAGGAUUGGGGUAUCGAUCCAGAAUUUGUGCAAUUGAACCCCUCAAUGAACUCAUGGCUAAGUGAUCUGCCUGCUGAUCUCUCUGUCACGUUCCCCCCGGAUGGCUCCCCUCCUUGGCUUCCAAAUCAUUUCAUUGGAAACUUGCAUUCAUACUAUUAUCUAGCGGUUCUCAUGCUUCACCGCCCGCAACUCAACUUCUUGGAUCCCAACGGCCAGGAUGGUCAAUGGAAAUCGCACAUGGUUCUCUGCUUGUCAUCAGCCAAGUUGUUGUGUCGAUUGCAGGAGGCUAUGCUUCAAUCAUUUGGUUCGAGUGGUCUACAAUGCAUGCAACGAGGCAUUAGCUUCACCAUCUACGCGGUUUUGACUUGCAUUCCACUUUAUCUCGUUGCCUUGACGUCUCCAGACCCGGACCUGAACUCGGAUGCCAGGGAUUACUUCACGCGCCAUAUGCGUAUCCUGGAGAAAACUAUGGGAUCCUGGCCAAUGCCGGAGAUGGUUAAGCAGAUUGAUGCUGUUCGAGAGGCUUUCUCUGCCAAUCUGAGAAAGCCAUUUGUGCUCAAGCCAAGCUUUCCUUACGGAAGCCCUGCACAAAGCAACAGUACGCCGCCCAGGACCAUCGGUAUCAAGCCUCCCAUGUUGCGGACAAAUUCAGUGGACCAAGUUAGUUAUACCAGUCACCCCAUCACACCACCCAUUUCAGCUGGUCCUGUGGACAACAAGAGUGACUCGUCUCCUGCUAUACAGUCACUAGUCAUGAUGGCUUCCGGCCCGAACUCGCAAGCUCCGUCAAUGCCGCAUGGACUCUCGAUGGCCGAACCACCUACUUGGAACCCAUCACGUAUUUUUGAUCAGUGGAAUUCCACAUUUGGUACGCCCCAGCCAACCUCAGUGCCCCCUCAGUCCAAUUCCCUAAAUGUUCCUCCGUCCUCAGGUACCCCGGAAGUCCCGUCUAUCCAGGCUAUUCAAAACGCAAAUGCGUCUCUUCCAUCUGGUCAGGCAAUGCCUCCCCAACAAUACUCCGCGGCUCCAGUUCAAUCAUUUGUGACUCCAGCUAUGUGGCAGGAGUCUGUUGCCAGUGUGUACGAGGGAGGUAUCAAGAGACAUUGGGAUGCUCGAUGA